CUCUCUCUCUCUCUGCUCGGCGGUGGAGCCGAAUCGUGCUGGCGUCGCGUACAGGCAGGCAGCAGGCUAGCUAGGUCCCGUACUCCCGUGCCCGUGCGUGCGUGCGGCCGGCGGCGCCGUGAUCGAUCGACCCCCGCCGUGCUCCGGCCGGAUGGAGGCGUCAGCAGCGGCAGAAGGAGGAGGCGGGGGAGGCAGCGCCGCCGCUCGGAGCAGCCCGGCCGCCGUGCAGGCCACCAACGACGAUGCCGCAACCAGCAAGCUGUCUUGUGUUAACAAAGGGUACAUGAAGGAUGAUUACGUGCGCUUUUUUGUCAGGCGUGCAACAAGGAGGGCGCCAAUAAUCAAUCGUGGGUACUAUGCACGUUGGUCUGUUCUUAGGAAGCUUCUGCAUCAGUUCCUUAAUGCGGGGAAGAAUAGCAAUGACGAGAAGCCGAAGCAAAUAUUAUCUCUUGGCGCAGGCUUUGACACAACAUUCUUCCAGUUGCAAGAUGAAGGAAUUGCUCCGCACCUUUAUGUAGAGCUGGAUUUCAAGGAGGUAACCAGCAAAAAAGCCGCCAUCAUUAACCACUAUAGUGAAAUGAAGGAAAAGUUAGGCUCAGAAGCUUCAAUAUCGAUCGAUAAAGGUGAAGUUAUAAGUACGCACUACAAGCUAUUUUCUGCCGAUAUUCGUGACAUACCAAAACUGGAUUCAGUUAUUCGCAUGGCUGAAAUGGAUCCUAGCUUGCCGACCUUUAUAAUUGCAGAGUGUGUACUUAUUUACCUGGACCCAACUGCCACGGGUGCCAUUGUUAAUUGGGCUUCUGAAAAGUUCACCACUGCCAUCUUUUUCUUAUAUGAGCAGAUUCAUCCUGAUGAUGCAUUUGGGGAGCAAAUGAUUAGAAACCUUGAGAGUAGAGGAUGCCCCCUCCUCGGUAUAAAUGCUACACCGACCUUGAGUCACAAAGAGAAACUUUUCCUUGACAAUGGAUGGCAGAGAGCCGUUGCAUGGGAUAUGCUGAAAAUCUAUAAUGACUUCAUCGACAGUCAAGAAAGGCGCAGGAUUGAACGAUUAGAAUUGUUUGAUGAGUUUGAAGAGUGGCAUAUGAUGCAGGAACACUAUUGUGUGGCUUAUGGAAUCAAUGAUGCCGAGGGCAUAUUUCAAAAUUUUGGGUUCGACAAGGAAUAGUGUCUUUUAUGCCUCUUCUUUCAUUGGUAGCAGCAGCAGUUGUAAACUGAUACGUUCUAAACUAGAAGUUGUAAGAGUACAUCAGAGGUACUUUGUUGUGAAUGAAGUGUGAGUCUUCAACGUUGUGCUUGAUUUAACCUUUGAUGACGCUGUGUUGUUUGGUCUGAAGAAAGUCCAUUGCUCACUUUGAAAGUUCGAAGAUUGUGAUGAUAUAUAUGCCUGUAGUAUACAGUACUA